AUGUGGAAAAAUCUAAAUGAAGUUUCAACAAUUAAAGCUUUAAAUCGCUUACAAUCAGCUUUAAAAAAUACCGGAUCAAACGAGAGUAUAAUGAAAAUAUAUGUGAAAAUAUCUUCACAGUUUGAUAACAAUUUAAAUGCCACAAGCUUUAUAAAUCAUUUAAGAGCUGAUAAACCAACGAUAAUCGUCUUUGAGUUUAACACAACGGACACCAAAAUAUUUUGGCGACAAUCAGGCAAAGAGUUGUACGUUCUUAAAAUACAAGAUGAUGUCAAUGGAAAUUUAUCAUUAUUUUGCGCCAAUUUUAUCGCUGAUGAAAUCAAAAGUGGAUAUUCAGGCAUACUACCAGGAUGGGAUAAAAGUGUUAACAUUGAAAUUCGAAGCUUAGGAAACCAAAAGCAUCAAAACAUAAUCAUUAGAGCUGUUAAAGAUGGCCAAUCAGAAAUUGUAAGCCUAUUAGUUAAGCAAGCCAUUGACAUUGAUUAUAAAGAUGAGGACAAGUUAAGUGCUAUGGAUCAUGCAUGGAAAGACUUCAUAAACAUUACAAAUGAUUCAGUUAAAUAUGCAGAAUACAACAAAAUAGUCUUAUCACUUCUUAAUGCUAACUCUAAAUAUCCAGAAGACAAAAGCUGUUUAACAUUAAAAUAUUAUUCAACUGAAAUUAAAAAGUUUGUGGAUGAUCAUCGAAAGCUGCACGACCAGUUAGAAAACCAUGAAAUAAAAGAAAUGAAAAGUGAACUUUCUAAUAUGUCUGGUAAUUUAUGUCACUUUUAUGACAUCAACAAUGUAUCACUGAUGAAUCAUGCUGUGCAGAAUUACAACAUUGAAGUCUACAAACUACUUUCAUCACUUGGCAUUACUUUAGGAAGUCAUGAAGAUCCAGAUGAAGUUUUUAUAAAAAUAAAAAGUUUAAAAAAGGAAGAAAAAAGAAAAGAAAUUACUUCUAUAAAUGAGAACAACGCACUAGACCUGCUCAACAUUCACAUAAACACGAUCAUAUCAAAGGUAAAAGUCAUCAAUAAUUGUGGAAAUCAGCAUCGUCACAGAACAAAGGACAUCAUGGAUGCACUAAUUCAUAUUGACAGCAAUGAAUCCUGUUCAAAGGUACUUAAAGUUAUUGCAGCCUGCAAAAAUUUAACUAUUUAUGUAGAUUUUAAAUAUGAAGCUGUUAAUUUCAUUGACAUAAGUUACUCUAAAGAAACAUUAGGUCUAACAACUAAAUUUGGAACCAUAAAAAUUGGUGCAAAAUGCUUACUUGAUGAGUCAAAAAAAAAUAAAUUCAUGGGCGUAUUAAUUCAUGAGUUUUGUCACUUAGCCUUUCUUAUGACAUUCUUGAAUAACUUUAAACCAUACGCAAUUGGCGAUGAAGAUACAAAAAAUCUCUUUGAAGAUGCAUUUAAAGAAUGCUUUCAAAAUCGACAUAUUGAGGUUCUAAUUGAUGUCGCUUUUGAUUAUGAAGAGUCCCACCAACACGAUGAGGUAAUUGUAAGUGUGCUGCAUAUGGUAAUGGCUUACCAUGCCAUCCUUGAACCAGAUGGAACCAGUAAAAUUGACAAAAUCAAAGGAACAUUUAAAAAAUUGUUUACUUACUUUGAUGAAAUUGUUGGACCGGCUUUAGAUAAUGUGUUGGAUAGCCUGAAAAUUUUACAAAAUGGCGAGCUAGAUAUAACAUAUGAAGACUUGACGCAGUCACAUAAAAAUCGAAUUAAACAUAAUAUAAUCGAUUUUCAAGGUGCAGACACAACAUUUUUUGACGUAUUAGGUGAAGAUGAGGAAAUUUACAAACUCUUUACAAAAAAAGAACUUAGAGAAUACUUGCUGACAGUUAAAACAACAACUUUUAAAGACAUCGAAAUAAAAACUAAAUUUGCAAAUAUCGAAAGGCAGUUUAUUGAUGAGAAUGCUACAAAUCAGUGCGCUAGUGAAGGAUUCUCAAGAAUCAAAGAGGAUCUAGAAGAUCACAGUGUAUUUUUACUAAUUGAUAGAGCUGGUGCUGGGAAAACAGAAGCUUUUAUUGACUUAUCAAAAAGGUUAAAAGAUGAGCAUAAGAAUUUUUUGGUUCACGUAAUUGACAUGAAAAAUGAGCAUGUAAAAGUGACUUUCACAAAAUGGACACUUAAAAUUAAUCAUAACGAUCAACAUUUGGAUACAGAAGCCAUAGAGAAAAUAUUUUUGGACAUUUUGAACCUAAAAAGCAAGUUCGAGAAGCAAAUUUUCCAUAAAUUAUUCAACAUGAACAAAGUUAUUUUUCUAUUUGAUGGCAUCGACAAGUUGCAAGCUGAUACAAUUGAUUUAGUCUUACAAAUCAUAAUCCUAUUAAGAGAUAAAACACCUUACGUAGAUGAGACAACAGUCUACAAACCUAAAGUCUUAAUUUCAUCAUGUCCAACAACAUUAAUCAAAAGCAAACAGUUAUGUCCGAAAAUUUGUCAAAAAUCAUACAAGUUAAUGCAAUUUUCACCAAGUGAGAGGAUUUCUUACAUCUACGAUUUCAUAGCUAAUAGAAAUCAAAGUGAAAGGGUUGAGGAAAUGGUUUGGUAUGUUUGGUUUUUCAAUCAGGUUGAUAAUGACAAUAAUCAUCAAUUUACUAAUUUAUCAUUGAUUAAAACAUUGACGAAGCAACACAUCAACCAAGAUGUCAACUUAAAUCCAAAACUCUGUAACCUGUUCUAUAUAUUUAAUGAUUUGUAUAAAUUUGAAAAUAUAACCUUAAGAUGCAACACAUUUAGAAGUUUCAACUUGCAUAAAAUCCAUCAAGUUUAUGCAUUGCCCGCAUUAAUUGGAAAAAAUGAAAAUUUUCUACUAGCAAAAUCUUGGGAUAAAGAAAAACGUCACUGGAAGUCACAAGAAUUUGAAGAAUACGGCUACUUGUAUGUCAACAUAGAGGAUUCCGCUGAAACAAAUAGUUCGGACUUUGUACAUCCAUCAUGUGCUGAGUAUUUUUUAACAGUUUUCCUAUUCAAUCGACUUUUUGCAGAAAAUCAUGAAUUAAAAACAGCAGCUUUUAAAAGUGCUGUCGAAUUCCUAAGGAUAAUUGGUAAGUCUGCAGAAAAAUACAAAAUAGUUCACAAAUUGUUAUUUUCUUAUAUUAAGAUUAAAAAUGAUUUGACAUUCUUUGAAGAAGCUAAAAAUCAAUUAAUUGAAAUUAUUGAUGACAUUAGACAAGACAUUUUAAGCGCUCCUAACUUGGUAGAUUCAUUAAAGUUCUGGUCUUUGUUGCUUAGUAAGGAUACUGAGCUUUUACAUAAAUUAUGGCUGCUUGAUGAGGAAGAAAAUUUGCUUAAAACUGUCAUUAUUCGUGAUCAUAAGAAUGUUGUGAAUUUUUUUGAAAUUAUAAAAAUUGUAAGCAACUCUUUUGGGGAUAAUUGGCAUCCAGCCUUGCUUAAAAAUUUCGCGACUAAUGAGAAUCCAGUUAAUGGACUUACAGCAAGUAAUUGUGGAAGUUUUAAUAUAAAUCUAAAAGUUUUCAUUGAGUUUGUGUUUGAAAAGUUUGAAAAUAAGGAAAUUCAAGCUGUUUUAACUAAGUUUCUCACUAAUUCGGAUAUUGUAAAGCAUAUUAAUCUAGGCAAUAUUCAAACUUGUCUGACUAAAUGUCGCGAAAUUUUUAACGGCAAAGAAGAAUUUUUUGUUUUAAUUUUCUCAAAAAUUCUUCACUUCACAAACGAUUCAAACAUUCUGCAAUAUUACGGGAAUAAUUUUGAAGAUACUUUACAGAACAAUAAGAAAUCUAUUGAGGAUGUCCUUUUCUCAAAAAUGUUUAUCAGACCGCUCAUAAUGACCAGCAUGUCACACAGCUGCGACACAUUUCACGUCUUUAAAAAUUUGUACAUUAAAUUUGAUAAAUCGAACACGAAUGUUCAAAAUUAUUUUAAUGAAAAUGGAAACAUCCUUAAAGUCUUCUUUUUGAUGACAGAACAUAACUAUAUGGAUGUCAUUGAAUACCUUAAAAGCAUUUUUGCCUCAAAUCAGCAGAAACUCGUUAGUUGCAUUAAAAAUGUCGAAGAUGAAUUAAAUGAUUUGACCUACAAUAAGAAAAGUUUAGAAUACUUUUUUAAAUUUUUGAGCGAGACAGCUAUUCCAAACAAUUAUUGGAAAGCUUUAGCCAACACAACGCUGAUAAGUCAGUCGAUUUGCGUUGCAAUUGAGAAGUUUUACUCAAUAUACUCAAGAAAUGUUGAUAUUAUUGACUUUAAUGGAUCACAAAGUGAACUAAUUGGUGAAAUCUUACAAAAUCUUAAUAAUUCAAUGACUGUGACUGUCUACAAGAUGAAUAAUUCAAGAAAGGUCAUCGAAAGUCAGACAAUCUUGUUAUUUGAUAAGUUUGACAGUCUGAACAAUUUUAAUAUGCAAGAUGCAAUUGACAUAAAAUUCAUAAAUCCAAUUAGGCUGCUCGUCUACUGCGUAAAUUCAUCGGAAUUGGAAAUUUCCAGUCUAAAAACUGACCUCGUUACUCCACCUUACUAUUACUUCUUGAUUAUUGGAAAUUCCUCUAAGAUCAACCUUUGGACAUUUGAGAAUCAAAAGGAUUUGCUAGUUUGCCAUGAAAAUCAAACUUUAGUCAAAAUCAAUGAGUUUUCAUCCUCAAGUCUGACAUGGAAGAAUAACAAAAUAUUCCCAAACAAAUACAAGAACUUUCAUGGCUGCGUGAUGAACAUUGGAUUGAAUAUUUUGGGAAGUUUGGACAGAGCAAAUAUUAAUAUUGAUAAAGCAAGGAUAAAAGUGACAAAAGGACUUAAAAACAGUUUAUUGCUAAUUAUGGGCGAGCGAUUGAACUUUAUUCUGCACUCAUUUGAAUGCCUUGAUCCUAAAUGUUUAGAUCAGAUUGAUGCCAAUGAAUACUUAUAUAAUAUUAUGGUAACUCCAACAAUUGAUUCCCCACAGCUGCUUAUCCCUCCAGGUGACCUGUAUACAUCAAUUGAAAAGAUGCUGCUGCCAUUUGACACAGAAACAUGGAUUGGCUUACUUGCAGUCUUUGUAUCAGGAACUGUCACAAUUUCAAUCAUCAGUCAAUUUCCAGCAAGGAUUAGAGAAACUGUUUUUGGCAAAAAUAUCGGAAUUCCGAAUCUAAACUUUUUCCUAGCAUUUUUCGGAGAGGCUCAAAAAAGAUCACCAGAUGGAACAUUCGCAAGGAUCAUUUGGAUCUUCUUCAUCUUUUACUGUUUAGUCAUUCGAACGUGUUAUCAGGGAAAGUUGUUUGAAUUUACAACAACAGCUGUCAGAAAGCCAGAACAUAAGACACUCGAUGAUUUGAAAAACAGAAAUUUUACACUUUAUUUUAUGGAUGAAAAAUAUACGGAUAAGACUAUUGAGUUCGUUAAUAAUGGAAUGGGCCUCCACAUCGAAUUCAUUUCUGAGUUUAAAUAUUCAGACAUUUACCUGGAAAAUAUGACAGAUCCAUCAUUUACAGGAACGCUGUUUUCGAGUGAUCUUGAACAAGCAUUAAAUGCCUUCUACUUGGAUAUGCCAAUAUCAAAAAGAUUCAUCCCAACACCAUUUACAAAGUCUUACUAUGGCAUUGGAUUUCUAUAUCCAAAUUUAUGGAGUGAAAGAUUUAAUGAAAUCAUUUCGGACCUAAUAACUGGCGGAUUUGUGAAUUAUCACUUGGAGGAAAUGACACAGUCUAAAUGGAAUUUGAUGCCGUCAUCGUUUGAGCCUGAAAAUAUUGUUCUGAAUUUGCAUCAUCUCGGUUUUGGAUUUCAGAUUUGUUUAAUCUUUGCUUAUUUGUCGUUUGUGACAUUUUUGGCUGAACUUGGAUACUUUUGGUUCAAGAGCUUCUAUAAAAAUUAUGAGUAUAGUCGUGAGAAGAUAUGUAAGCACAGAAUUAUCAUGGUUUUAUCGGCUAAGACACCUAAAACAGUUGAAAGACAUCAAUUAAAACCUAAAUUCAGGUCUGCUCCAGCGACAAAAAUUAACAAACUUCAUGGAAGUUGCACCAUGAUUAAAUUUAUACAUUUAAUUUUAGUUUCAACAAAAGUUUUAGCGACAAUCCCCAGCACAACAUUGAUAAGUUUGUCAAUUUGUGGCAUAAUUGAGAAAUUCUACUCGAUAUACUCAAGAAAUGUUGAUAUUAUUGACUUUAAUGGAUCACAAAGUGAACUUGUUGGCGAAAUCUUACGAAAUCUCAAUAAUUCAAUGACUGUGACUGUUUACAAGCUGCAUGGUUCUAGAAGAAUAGUUGAGAAUCAGACAAUAUUGCUGUUUGACAACUUUGCAAGCUUAAAUGACUUCAAUAAUGCCGACCAAAUCGAUAUCAAAUAUAUAAAUCCAAUCAGAUUGCUUGUCUACUGCGUAAAUACAUCAGAGUUUGAAAUUUCCAGGUUGAAAACUGAUCUUGUCAUUCCACCUUAUUACUACUUCUUGACAUUUGGAUCAAACUCAAGAAUUAACCUUUGGACUUUCGAGAAUCGAAAUGAUUUAGAAGUUUGCCAUGAAAUACAAACUUUAAUCAAGAUCAAUGAGUUUUCAACCACAAACUUGUCAUGGAAACAUGAUCCAAUAUUUCCAAAAAAGUACAAAAAUUUUCAUGGCUGCUUGAUGAACAUCGGAAUGAAUGGUUUUAGCAGCUUUGAUAGAGCUUUUUUAGAUAAUAAUGGCAAUCAAAUGAUAGUCACAGCAGGACUUAAAAACAGAUUAUUAAUCAUUUUGGGAGUUCAACUGAAUUUCACUCUGAACUCAUUUCAAUGCUUACAUCCUGAAUGUUUAGAUCGAAAUGAAACAAAACCGUAUUUAUAUAAUAUUAUGUAUUUCAGUCCACAGCUGCUAAUCCCUCCUGGUGAUCUGUAUACAUCAAUUGAGAAGAUGCUGCUGCCAUUUGACACAGAAACAUGGAUUGGCUUAGUUGCAGUCUUUGUAUCAGGAACUGUCACAAUUUCAAUCAUCAGUCAAUUUCCAGCAAGGAUUAGAGAAACUGUUUUUGGCAAAAAUAUCGGAAUUCCGAAUCUUAACUUUUUCCUAGCAUUUUUCGGAGAAGCUCAAAAAAGAUCACCAGAUGGAACAUUCGCAAGGAUCAUUUGGAUCUUCUUCAUCUUUUACUGUCUAGUCAUUCGAACGUGUUAUCAAGGAAAGUUGUUUGAAUUUACAACAACUGCUGUUAGAAAGCCAGAAUACAAGACAUUGGACGAUUUGAAGAAUGAAAAUUUUACACUUUAUAUUUCAAAAGGAAAGCAUUCUGAUAAGACCAUCAAGUUUAUUGAUAGUGCAAUAGGCCUUCCCAUCGAGUAUGUCUCUGACUAUGAAUAUUCAGACAUUUACAUAGAUAACAUCUCAGAUCCUUCAUUUAAAGGAACACUAUUUUCCAGCGAUUUAGAGCACGCAAUGAAUGUUUAUUAUCUUAAUAUGCCAAUAGAGACUAGAUUCAUUCCAACACCAUUUACUAAGUCUUACUAUGCCAUUGGAUUUAUAUUUCCAAACCUAUGGAAUGAAAGGUUUAAAGAAAUCAUUUCGGACCUAAUAACAGGCGGAUUUGUGAAUUAUCAUUUGGAACUAAUGACAAAGUCGAAAUGGAAUAUGAUACGGACAUCCUUUGAGCCUGAAAAUAUUGUUCUUAAUUUGCAUCAUCUUGGUUUUGGAUUUCAAAUUUGUUUAAUCUUUGCUUAUUUGUCUUUUGUGACAUUUUUGGCUGAGAUUGGAUAUUUUUCGACAGUGCGGUAUUGGAGGAGACGAGCUUCAAGGCAUAAGAUCAUCAUGGUGUUAUCAGCCAGCAAGAAUCAAAAGUUUAAUUUGAACAAGAAUCAUUGUGAAAACUGUGCAGAACAAUUAAUUCAAAGUAAUAAACAAUCAGCUUUACUGUCUGAAGAUGAAAACUCAUCAGAUGACUCGAAUACAUCAGCGAAGAGUAUGUUAGGCAGAGCAUUUGGUAGGAGGGUUAAGCCUGAGUCUGUUCAGAACCUUGAAAACUUUGAUUUGUUGUGUAACACUAUUAGAUAG